CCUGUCAUGAUUUUUAUGGCUUAGUAAAAGUCACCACAUAUAUGAACCAUAUUUUGUAAUCACUGCAAAUGAUUCACUACACAAAAGUAUACUUCACUUAUACUUCAGCAACUUUCACUUAUAAGGUCUAUUAUAUUUACAAAACACUAGAAACUAAAAAUAAUAAUAAUAAUAAUUCUGACCAGAUGCUUCCUUUCUCUUUAAAAUAAUCUAAUUUUAAGUUAGGAUAAAUCAUAUGCACACAGUAUAUUGAAUGCGUUAUCCAUAAACACACACACACUGAGAAACUCACAUUACACUUGUGUUCAUUUGGUUAUGAGUUAAACAAAAAGCACAACUGCACAAAAUUACAAUUUAAAAGAAAUUAUGAAACCGUCUUUCCAAGUGUCUAUAGAUUGUUUAUGAAAAAUUAUAUAUGUAAUUAUUCUUUAGAGCACUAAACUAAUUUGUCUCUCUCUCACACACCUACACACACUAAGUGGUUCAACUGAGUUUUAGCAAGAUAUUUCAUAUUGUUCUUAUUUUGACACCCCCAAGUCAUACGCAGUCCAUCUGAACUGAACCCAUCGCUCACAUACACUUUAAUUGGUAUGCCAUAAUGCAUUUCCUGUAAUGUAAUGUCAUGUUAAAAUUAAAUCAGGAACAUUAGUAUUCAAUGACAAGAGGGUUUGGUUCUUUGUUCACAAUUUUGCUGUAGAUUUUCUGACUCAUUUUGCCAUAAACACAGUAGCUGGGGUUUCUAAUAUUGUAAUAGCUGCUUUUUGUUACAUAAUUUCAAUGUAAAAAUGAUAUAAGACCUGAAUUUACCAAAAAAGUGGCUCAUUUUACCUUACACCCAGCCGUUCACAGAAAACUUUGGAAACAUCACUUCAUUUUGACAGUAACAAAGACCCAGUGCUCUCUCUCUCUCACACACACACACACAGUGUAAAGUAAAUCUUGGUGUCUCCUUUAAAACGCAACCAAAAUGAGCACUUCCUCCAGGUAUUUUAGGUCUUCUCAGGUUUGAUUAAAUCAAUGCACUAAAAUGCAACAAAGGACACUGCAGAAAGACGCGAAAAUAAGCAGCAGAAGAGGGUCUCUCCUCUCCACGUGUGAACGCAUAUCAUGGCAGACUCUUCUGAGGGAGGGGAGGAGUAACCACACACACAUUUACACACACACACACUCGCUCCGCCAUGCUAGUACGGAGGCUAUGCUCUCGUCGCUGCUCUCUGACCCCAGUGGCAGUCCUUUCUUCCUCCACUGCGGUCUAGACUCACUCCCCCUCUCCGCCAGUCAGAGCGAAGCUCUCGCCGCCUGCCUGCGCCGCUUUUCCCGCGUCUCGCCGCCAGCUUCGCCGGAGGGUCUCCCAGGGUCGAGGGUCCUGCCCCUGGCCGGCUCCGAGUGCCACCUCUUCGGCUACCGACAUCUGCAUUCCCCGGCGUGUAUGGAGCAACAUCUUUAGAGAUAGGAUAUCGUCCUCCAUCUCGGCACUAUCAAGGGUUCUUUUCCGCGUUUAAGUGGUGGUUCUGAAGGAUGCUGACUGCGUGGGUCGCUCCAGGGUCCUGGUGAAGUGUCUCAUGUGUCACGUGGAGAAAGAAUGGCCCACGGAAUGCCGUCACAAGGCAAAGUGACCAUCUCGGUGGACGAGUACAGCUCCAACCCCACGCAGGCCUUCACCCACUACAACAUUAACCAGAGCCGCUUUCAACCGCCACACGUGCAUAUGGUGGACCCCAUCUCGUACGACAGUCCCAAGCCGAGUGGCCACACGCGUUUUGUGUGUGUGUCGGACACACACUCACGGACAGAUGGCAUCCAGAUGCCUUACGGGGACGUUCUGCUGCACACGGGGGACUUCACCGAGCUGGGCCUGCCCUCAGAGGUCAAGAAGUUUAACGACUGGUUAGGCAGCCUGCCAUACGAGUUUAAAGUGGUGAUCGCGGGGAAUCAUGAGCUGACCUUUGAUAAGGAUUUCAUGACGGAGCUGGUCAAGCAGGAUUACUAUCGCUUUCCCUCCGUGUCCAAGUUGAAACCCGAGGACUUUGACAAUGUUCAGUCUCUCCUGACAAACUGUGUUUACCUGCAGGACUCUGACGUCACCGUCAAGGGCUUUCGAAUAUAUGGCGCACCAUGGACGCCGUGGUUUAAUGGCUGGGGUUUUAACCUGCCCAGGGGACAGUCCCUGCUCGAUAAGUGGAACCUCAUCCCAGAGGGCAUUGAUAUUCUCAUGACCCAUGGGCCGCCCCUUGGUUUUAGGGACUGGGUACCGAAGGAGCUGCAAAGAGUUGGGUGUGUUGAGCUGUUAAACACAGUCCAGAGGAGAGUCCGGCCCAAGCUCCACGUCUUCGGAGGAAUUCAUGAAGGUUACGGCAUCAUGACAGACGGGUACACAACAUUCAUCAACGCCUCUACCUGUACAGUCAGCUUUCAACCCACAAACCCUCCCAUCGUGUUCGACCUCCCGAACCCCCCCAGCUCUUGAGACGUCCGUGAACGUCACCAUAAUCUCCUUUUCUCCUUAUGUUUUCUAACAAUACUUUGAAAGAAAAAAUAGUUGAAUGUUUCUUUUAAAAUCGCCAGUCUUUUGCUAAAAGAUUCAGUGAAAGUUUCUGAUGACGGACGGGGUCAUGCAGGUGUGAACAACAAUCUUAUGAAAAGAUCUGAUUAAAUCUGUAAGAUAAUAAGCUUUGUGAAUUUGUAAAAUUGUCUCUUUUUUGUCAAUAUUCGAAGUAUGUUGGUAUGGGAUGCCAUUGUUCAUUUUGUAUAUUCUUUUUCAGGAUAAUUAAGCUUUCUUUUAGCUGACAGGGAUAAUGCCUUAAACUAGCUUUAAGUUCCCCUGGCUGGAGCCCCUUCUUUCUGCUAGCGAAGAGAAAGCGUCAUAUUUAUUGUUUUUUAUCCAAAACUAAGGGGAUUUCUCUCUUUAUUUUUCUUUAUUUUUUAUUUUUUUUUGCAUUCAAAGAACACUUUCUUACAAGCGCAGGGAAGACAUGGAUGCAUUUUAACUCAUGUAUAUUCUGGAGCGCCUCAUUCUGCAUAGAAAUUGGAAAAUGUCUUAAAAUAUGAGUAUAUCUAUAUGUAUGUGUAAGCUGUAAAAUCUCUAACUAAAAUUGUGUUUGUUCUAAGCCUCUUGAAGAAUAUCAUUUUGCCUGUAAGUGAUGAUGACUUAAAGUGCGUAAAGCGCACACAUGCUCUUUUCUGUUUUCAUGAAAUGUUCCUCUGAAGCUCAUUCAGUGUUGCCUACUUUACGGCGUAUUGUUCCAUACAAUAAACGAGUAUUCGAGUUGAAAUUAUUUUAAUGUACAAUCUCAAAGGUUGUUUUUUUGUUUGUUUUUUUUCUUUGAACCUGCUGAAACCAGGUUUAGUUGUCCUUUGAUAUCUUGCAUAUGAUAUUUUUUCUCUUUUUUUUUGUAAUUUUGCACUGUGUAAAUGCAGUCUUGCUAGCACAAAAAAAAUGAUGCCAAUAGUUGUUUCAACUCUUGCCACUGUAAAUGCCUCUCAGCUUUUUUUUUUUUUCAGUUACAGUCUCAUUCCUGGGAAAGUUUAGAUACAUUUCUUCUUUUUUUUCUUCAGGUUUCAUUGUUAUAUAUUUAGCUGCCUUUAUAU